CAGUUUCAGUCGCUGCGCAGUCUUUGCCAUUGGCACUUCGUAUUCGCUACGCUCGCGUGCGCAAUCCUAUUGUUUUGUUUUGACAUGUCCGCCAGCCAUGGCAACGAUCGCAAGUAUUUGCGCAGCAUUGAGGGUCUGUCCAAGAUCACCUGCUUGCUGUGCGGGUUCAUUGGAUUUCUAUGCAUUGUAUGCAGCUCGGUGCGCCUGAGCAACUUUCGUGGCUGCUUCUACUUGGUCAUCGUGCUGAUUGGAUUUGGAGUAACGCUGACGCUGCUGCUCAGUCGCUACCUGCGCUGCGGCCAGAGCUGGCAAUGCAAUAUGUCACGCUGGUCGCUCAGCACGCACGCCGCUCUCGCCUUGGGUCACUUUAUAGCCUCCGGCCUGGUGCUCUCACUCGAUAUUGGCGCAUACACGGCGGCAGCGUUCUUCGGCCUGACUAUAUUCAGCAUUAAUGCCCUGGAGGGCUAUGGCAGCUAUCGCCGCAGUCGGCAGCGAGAUGUGUCCACACAAACGGCUUAGUGGUGCCCGUCCCUAAGCUCCCUCCCAGAGGCUGUGUCAUCGCUAGUAUCAAAAUGCAUAUGUGUGCGUGUGUGUAUAAAAUAAUAAAAGAGUCUGCUGGUUAAGCCAAAAGUUGCAGCGCUUUAUCUAAUAUACGAUAAGCAGUAGGUCAGUCAGUCAGUCAGUCUGUCUUAUCUCUAACCAAACGAGAAUGAGAGACAGAGAGUGAGAGCGAGAGAGAGAGUAAGAGCGCACGUUAUGUCACAAGCGCUGCCUAAAAAUCAUUUGUAAAUGCGGGCUCAGCCGACUGCUGUAUACGCUAUAUGGCAGAUUAACUUUCCAAAGAAUACAAAUCUUGACUUGUAAACUGUAAAACUGUAAAAAUCAAAUAUUUAUUUAAGCACUCAACACAAAUUUAUGCAAUAAA